GUUGUCCUCAGGGGGAAAAGCGGGUUGUGGGCUCGUGGAUUUUUUUUGGGGGGAGCGCACACACGCACGCAAGGACGGACGCACGCACGAAUAUCGCGCAAUGAAAACUAGUAAACAUGCAAACUAGUAAACAUGUAGCCGUCUCUACAGGUACGACCGGUGCGAAACCGCAGACGCUGCGCGCGAGGGACCGACUGAAAUCACUGAAAGUUCAGGUUAUGGAUUCGACACUUCCUUGUUUGGUCCUUGCCCUCGUCCUGAUUGGCUGCUUGGGAUGCCUUUCCGACAGCCACCAGCACACCGGCCCCCGCAGCCACCAGUACUGCGUGCUGGGCGCCGGGCCCUCGGGGCUGCAGAUGGGCUAUUUCCUCUCCAAGGCCAAACGAGACUACGUCAUCCUGGAGAGGAACUCGGGGCCGGGCAGCUUCUUCAACAAGUACCCCCGGCACAGGACGCUCAUCAGCAUCAACAAGAUCUACACGGGAACCCAGAACCGAGAGUUCAACAUGCGCCACGACUGGAACUCGCUGCUGAGCGACAGAAGCGACCUCCUGUUGAAACGAGUGAGCCGGGACUUCUUCCCGUCCGCCGACACCUUUCCGGUGUAUCUGUCGAUCUUUGAGAAGGAGCUCGGGCUGAAGGUCCGGUACGGCGUGGACAUCGGGAGGAUCCAGGCAGUGCAGACACCCGAGGGCAGGAGCUACGUCCUGACCGACCAGCACCAGUCGGACUACAAUUGCAGCAUCCUCCUGGUGGCCUCUGGUCUGUGGGAGCCUCAGAAGGCCGAGUUCCCCGGUUCCGAGCUGGUCGAGGGCUACGACUCCAUCUCCACCGACCCCGAGGACUACAAGGACCAGGCCGUGCUCAUUCUGGGCAAGGGCAACUCUGCUUUUGAAACCGCCCAGAGCAUCUCCAGAAGGGCUCACCUGGUGCACAUCCUCAGCUCCAACCCGGUUCGACUGGCCUGGCAAACGCAUUAUGUCGGAGAUGUCAGAGCUGUGAACAAUGAGCUUCUUGACACGUAUCAGCUGAAGUCCAUGGACGGAGUGGCAGAGAUACCGCUGGAUAAAAUAGCCAUCUCUCAGCUCAAGGAGCAAGGCGGGAGUCGAUUGGGCACCAAGGAGAAGCUGUACUUGACUCUACCGCACUUGCACCAGGACGAGAAGAACGGCUCCGCCGUGACGGGAAAAGCAACGCCGGCGUAUCACAUCGACAACUUCGCUAUGCGAAAGCCAUAUGACCGCGUGAUCUCGUGCCUCGGAUUCAAAUUCAACUUCAGCAUAUUUGACAGCUCCGCCUGCCCGACGGCCAGUGACAAUGCCAAGGGGAGGCUGCCGAGGCUGACAGCGUGGUACGAAGGGGAGAACACGCCCAACUUGUUUGUGCUGGGGACCGCCGCUCACUCCAGAGACUACCGCGUAUCUGCCGGCGGCUUCAUCCACGGUUUCCGAUACACAGUGCGUUCUGUACAUCGUGUACUUGAACAGCGUUACCAUAGCAAUCCGUGGCAUUCGUCAAAAAUGCCGCUGACGCAGGUGCAGUCCUGGAUCAUGAAGCGCAUCAACGAGGCUUCUGGGCCGUACCAAAUGUUUGAGGUGCUCGGGGACGUCAUCCUUCUUCGGGGCUCUCACUGUGAAUACCUGGAAGAGUUCACGCUCCAGGCCUUGCCUCAGUUCUCCUCUCUCUCGGGCCACGAGGUCUCCCACCACGGAAUGAUAGUUCUUGUCUUGCAGUACGGGAAGAAGAAAAUAGACUAUUUAGCUAAAGGCAGGGCGAACACGGACUGGACCCAAGCGUGGAAAUCCAACUUUCUGCACCCUGUUUUGUACUACUAUGACAAACUCCCCACUGUGGAAGAAAUGGAGCGCCGUCCCGCCGGCUGGCCUUUACCAAGGCCCAAGUUGAUUCACCAUGUGGUUGAGGACUUCCUCACAGAAUGGAAGACUCCCGUCUCUCAUAUCCAGCCACUGCGGCGCUUCCUGGAGCACUGUACCCAGACUGACCUCAGGGCCUUCUAUGCCGAAUCAUGCUUCCGCUUAUCGCUCACCCACCGCAAGCCGCCGCUGUUUUGUCAACAAGGGUACUUGAAGCAGCAGGGCGUCCCUCGCAACGGCCCGCUGGUGGACGAUCAGGACGUCGGACCGAUGCCGACUGAGUGGGAAGCGCCAGGGGUGGAUCCCGCAUACUACCUGGCUCAUGCUGGGGCCUCCAUGUCUUCAGGACUGAAAGUGGACUUCUGAUUGUUUAGCCCAGGCGUGUUAAAGGCAGGGCUGUGAGAGAUUUGUUUAAUGUUUUAUCCAGCCAAAUGCUGCCUGGUCUUGUCCAAUGAAAAUGGCAAGCAGGGCUGUAAAGGUGUUUUUAGACUUGCCUCUAAAGCUACACCCCCAACAUAAUAAUAAUAAAUGGAAACAAAAAGUAUUUUUCUCCAUUAGACAAAAUAUCUUGACAGAGUACCAUCACAAAGAUCAGUGGCUCCUAACGUUUUGCGCAUUUGACCCUUUUUAGAUAAAGCAAUUCACAAACUCUUGUCAGUUUUAAAUUUGUCUUGACAAAAUCAACCAAAGAGUUAAUGUCCUAUUAUGUUUAUUUUGGUAUUGUUUAAGUAUCAAAAGAAGUGCCAUUAUUCAGGAACUAGUAGUUGGUAAUUAUCCUCCAUCAUCAUGUGACUUCUUGUGGACCCGACUCUCAGGUUGGAAAUUGCUGAUCACUGGACUUGCACCAUGUCACUUGAAUGUUCCUUAUUUUAAAUCCUAACAAUAUAUAUAGACAUUAUAUACUAUGUCAGUUUAAUAUCUUAUACUUAUCUUAUCUAAAUAAUAUUAAGUUAUAAAGGUGGAGGUUUUUUUCCCAAGUUAUGCAUUUACAUGGGUUUUACCUGAUAAAACACAUUAAAGGGGUUCUACAAAUAUA